AUGGACGAAAUACUGGCGGAUUGCGAAGGAGCAUAUUGGUACCUCGACGAUGUAGGCGUCGUAGGUACCACCGUUGAGGAGCACGACGCACGUUUGGAAAAGAUACUCCAACGGUUUAAAGAAACAGGAGUAGUACUGAAUGUGAAGAAAUGCAAGAUACGAGUAACACAGUUUGAUUUUCUUGGUUACCGAAUAAGUAGUAAGGGCAUUCGACCGUCAACUGCUAAACAAGAAGCGAUUAUGUCAUUCCGUAAGCCAACUAAUGACAGCGAAGUUCGAAGUUUUCUUGGCUUAGCGAACUACAUGGCCAAAUUCGUACCAAAUUUAGCCACCAUUGACGAACCACUUCGGAAGCUGUUACAUAAAGAAACAAGAUUCGUGUGGGGUCGAGAGCAAGAAUUAGCAUUCCAUGAAAUAAAAGCAAGAAUAUCGAACGCGGGAUGUCUAGGUUUUUACAACAUUGCGGAUCAAACUAGUGUAGUUGCAGACGCAAGCCCAUAUGCUUUAGGAGGUGUGUUAAUUCAGACCAAUGCUGAUCAAGAAUCCAGGGUCAUUUGUUUUGCCUCCAAAUCAUUAACUGAUACUGAAAAACGGUAUUGCCAAACCGAGCGAGAGGCUUUGGCACUUGUUUGGGUAGUCGAACGUUUUCAAAUCUACUUGAUUGGCAGGGAGUUCGACCUCAUUACGGACUGCAAAGCUUUAACGUUUUUAUUUAAUCCUACUUCACGUCCGUGUGCUCGUAUCGAACGUUGGGUUCUACGGUUACAGGGUUUCCGGUACAGGGUAGUUUUCACUAAAGGAAAAGAUAAUAUAGCGGAUGCCCUGUCACGCCUCACGAGCGCGUCUCCUCAACCGUUUGACCCAGCUGAGGAAUUGACGGUUUGUGAAAUAGGUUCGGCUGCUGCAGCAAUGAUUGCUUUGCGAUGGAGCGAGAUAAAAUAUGCGAGUAAAGGGGACGAAGAGAUACAACAGAUAGUAAAGAUAUUGAACUCAGAAGAUACAGUUCAGCUACCUCUUCCAUUCAGAUUAAUUGCUACAGAGCUUUGUAUAGUUGAUGACGUACUAAUGCGAGGAGAUCGAAUAAUAAUUCCUCAGAAAUUACAACAGCGAGUGUUGCAGCUAGGCCAUGAAGGGCAUCCUGGCGCUAGAAUCAUGAAAGAAUAUUUACGGGCAAGCGUGUGGUGGCCUAAGCUUGAUAAACACAUUGAGGAAUAUGUUCGAGAAUGUCGCGGCUGCACAUUAGUAUCAGCACCAAAUCCACCUGAGCCGAUGAUGAGGAAAGAACUCCCAGCAGGACCAUGGGAGCAAAUUGCAAUAGAUUUUCUUGGACCCCUUCCUGAUGGAGAAAAUUUGUUAGUUUGUGUUGACUAUUACAGCCGAUAUUUAGAGGUGAUCAUUAUGGAUGAUAUAAGUACAACGUCGACGAUUGCUGAGCUUUUGACAGUCUUCUCACGUUAUGGUACUCCCGUAUCUAUUCGGGCAGAUAACGGACCGCAAUUUUCAUCAACAGAAUUUAAAGAUUUCUGUAUGGAAUACGGGAUCAAAUUAGUAAGCACUAUACCGUACUGGCCAGCGAUGAAUGGGGAGGUUGAAAGACAGAACCGUUCCAUAUUGAAGCGUAUUCGUAUUGCUCACAGUCUUGGAAAAGACUGGAAAACAGAACUUCGUCAAUAUAUCUUAAUGUACCAUUCGGCAAAGCAAUCAACUACCGGAAAAUCGCCAGCGGAGCUUAUGUUCAAUCGCAAGGUACGGACUAAGUUGCCGCGGGUACCAGUUGUGUUGGAUGAUACAGAAUUACGCGACCAUGAUUGUCUUCUUAAAGAAAAGGGGAAGGUAUAUUCAGAUACGAAAAGAAAAGCUGCUAUGAGUGAUAUUACGGUUGGCGAUACGGUUAUUGCGAAACGAACUAAAAAGAUUAACAAACUAGAUACAGUAUUCUCACCGGAAGAGUACACAGUUGUUGAUAAGAAAGGAAGUGAUGUCAUCAUACGCUCUACCGCAAACGGAAAGGACUUCAGGCGAAACGCGGCACAUCUUAAGAUGGUAUCCAGAACAGAAAAUGAUAACCAGUCAGCUCAAACCGUUCAGGAAAAAGAUAACAACAAGAAUGAUUUAGCGCAGCAUUCAAGACCACCUCAGGAUGAGGGUUGUGGAGAAGGAUCAAACGAUGUAUCCGGUGACAAGGGCAGUGGAGCUGCUGAAUAUAUUUCUAAGAGACGAAAGACAGAGCCCUCCAGAUUGAAGGACUAUAUUACAUACUAA